UACCAGUCCAUUGUGGAUCAGAUGACAUGGGGUCACCGACGUCUUCAGGACACGUUUGGCACGUGUGGUAUACCAAAGAUCGGGUGGCAGAUCGACCCCUUUGGUCACAGUCGAGAACAGGCGUCCAUUUUCGCACAGAUAGGCUUUGAUGGUCUGUUUCUACAGCGUCUGGAUUAUGACGACCAGAAUAAGAGAAGGGCUGAGAAGAGGAUGGAGUUGAUAUGGCAGGGAAGCGAUGACUUGGGAAGUGCUGCCGAUAUGUUUACACACGCCAUGGAAAUGGGUUACGGUCCACCAUCGGGGUUAAAUUGGGAGUUAGCUGGUAAUAGUUUCAAUCAGGGUAAUGAUGAUCCUAUUAUAGAUGAUCCUGAAUCUGAAGAUUAUAAUGUGGAUAAAACUGUUGAUUGGUUUAUAAAUUAUGCGAAACAGUAUGCAAAUAACUACGCUACAAAUAACAUACUGUUCCCAAUGGGAACCGACUUCUACUACCAGUCUGCUGAACCUUAUUUUAAGAAUAUGGAUAAACUUAUCAAAUAUGUGAACGAAAGGAAAGCCAAGGGGUCCAACAUUAAUGCAUUUUACUCCACGCCUACCUGUUAUAUGCAUGGCAUACAUCUCUCUAACUAUACUUUUACCACAAAAAAGGACGACUUCUUCCCCUAUGCGACGGCUCCGCACUCUUUCUUCACGGGAUAUUUCACGAGUAGACCCGCU